AACGCCUGUCGGAUUUGAUGGCUUUUGUGCCCCGACAGCACCAGCUCAUCAUUGCUUUUUAGUAUUUAUUAAGACUCUGAUGUGCCAUGAAACAAAUUUCGGAAAAAUAAACAAAUAUUUCUGUGCGUUGGCUGCGUUGACAAAAACAGGAAAUGGGUAUUGAAAAAAACAAAUCAAAAAGCAUCCAACAAGUUCUUCCACAAAGUCAACAACAAUCUCAGGAAUAUGAACUCUCCGGGAUUAAGUAUUCUUCAAAUUUGUGUUGGGAUGACUGAUGCCAAGUGAUACUUUCCAAGUAAAUGGAGCAGGUGAGUAGGUUCUUAGAUCCACGGAAUCAGAAAAUAGAAUCAUUAACUUUUCGUCUUGUGGCGCCAACUAUUGCCCAAGCAAUGGCCCAAAAAUUGAGAAGCCUCAUCAUAAGGAUAUCUUCACAUUAAUUUUAAUAUAUUUGCCCUGUGUGACGGUGGCUAUUAUUAUGGUAAUCGUAUUCCUGGAUCCUCUCAAGCGUUAUGGUGAGGGUCGCAAGGGGGCCAACAACGAGAAUAAUUCGAUCAAGAGCUAUAUCCUCGCAACAUUCCAUCAGAUGCAACGACCCAACCAGCAACUGCUCAUCCCACUUACCAUCUAUAUCGGCCUGGAGCAGGCCUGGAUCGCUGCAGAAUAUACCCAGGCCUUUGUAUCCUGUGCCAUGGGCGUUAAUAUGAUUGGUUUUGUAAUGAUUAGCUGGGGAGUCUUUGAUUCCAUAUCCUGCUUGCUUUUUGGCUGGAUUAUGAAGUAUGUGGGACGCUCGCCGAUCAUAUUUAUCGGAGCCUCCGCGAACACCAUGCUAAUUGGCUUCAAGCUCUACUGGCGGCCUGAGCCGCAAUAUCCGAUCGUGUUUUAUGCCCUGGCCGGGAUCUGGGGCAUCGGUGAUGCCGUUUGGGUCACCCAGAUCAAUGGUUUCUAUGGUCUUCUCUUCCGGAGACACAAGGAGGCUGCCUUCUCCAAUUAUCGACUGUUUGAGUCAGUUGGCUUUGUCGUGGGUUUCACUUACUCCAGUUUUCUAUGCGCCAGGGCAAAGCUAUAUAUUAUGUUACUUCUAUUGAUCAUCGGUUUGGUGGGAUACCUGACCGUGGAGGUGAUUUAUCAAAACAGGGUAAGUGGAUUUUCUCUUUUUGUAGGUAUUAAUUGUGACAAGAGGCGGGAUUACUGGAAAUGUCGAUGAUGGAGGUGCAUAUUAUUCCGAUAUCUAGAAGGAUAUAAAGAGUCUACUAGGAUAAACCCAUUGGAUGGUAUAUAUUGUUAAAAAUAUGGAUGCAGAUUUCUAAAAAGUUUUAUACGCUUUUCUUAUGUCCAUUUUUAUUAAAAUUCUACAAUAAAUGGAGUUCUUGUUGAGGGUUUGAAGAACCUGCUUCUCACUCUUUAAAAAUUAUACUAGAAUAUUGGCAUAUUUCUUUAGAAAUAU